ACGCACUAUCACGAACCAUAUCUAAUAUGUCCGCAUCCCCAUGAUCCAAUAUUAAUAAACAAACGUUUAGAUCGUUGGAAACUACGUUUACAGAAUUUGACCGAAAUACAAUUGCCUACAGAUUAUGCGCGACCAUCAACUCCAAAAGUUAUAGAAGAUAAAAAAAUUCUACGUCUUCCUGAAGCCACAGCAUUAGCUGUUUUACAAUUUUCACUGGCCGUUAAACCUGAUUCUUCUAUUUCACCAUCACAAACUUCAACGUUUAUAACUCCAACCAAUGAAUCGUUUCAUGAACAACCAACUCCUUUUACGAUUCUUUUAGCGGCCUUUGUUGUGCUGUUACAUCGGUAUACAAGUGAUGAAGAUAUUACGGUUGGAUCAUCUUCGGAUACUAGAAAUCCCCUCGUUUUAAGGAUAAAUAUUAAUCCUUCAGAUACAUUUGGUCAGGUUGUCCAAAAAGUUCAGCAAGCUGGCUAUGCAGCCUGCUUAAGACUGGACCAAGUUCUCGAAGUUCAAUCCUCAAUAUCAGUUCAACUCAAGUUCACAUUUAAACUUGAUAUUUUGGCUGGAAUUGCCCAAAUCAUAAAACUAUUAAAAAUCCGUGUUGAUCGAGAAGCGACGGCGGAUGAAGUUCCUUUUCAUUUAUUAAUUUCCUCAUUAUUCCCCGAAAAAGCCCAAAGUCCAUUAUCAACCUCCGUUCAUUCACCUCUUUUUCGUGUUAGAUUCUUUAACCAAACCGACAUGCCUGAAAAUCCUUUACCACCAGCAAUCUCUUUAGCAACAGACCUUACCGUAUUAAUCGCAUCACAUUCAUCAUCGUCGCUUCGUCAUGCACUUCUUCCUGCCAUAGAAAUCCAAUUUUUAUAUAAUCAGCUCUUAUUCUCUGAAAAACGAAUUUCUCAUAUUCUAGAUCAACUUGUCGCAGUUUUAAACUAUGCUGUUUCACAUAGUGAAACAUGUAUUGCUGAAAUCCCUAUGUUAACAGACAAAUGUUUAGAAGUGCUUCCUGACCCAAAGUCGGAUUUGAAAUGGUCGCAAUUUCAUGGCGCAAUAACUGACAUUUUUUCCGCAAAUGCCAAAAGGAUUCCAAAUAACCGAUGUGUUGUAGUAUCCACUAGUGAUGUUUCUAAAAAACGCGUUUUUACUUAUCAGUGUAUCAAUGAAGCAUCAAAUAUUGUUGCUCAUUAUUUAAUAAAUAAUGGAAUUGAAAGAGAAGAUGUAGUCAUGAUUUACGCGUAUCGUGGUGUUGAUUUAGUGGUUGCUAUUAUGGGUGUUCUUAAAGCCGGUGCUACUUUUAGUGUUAUUGAUCCUACCUACCCGCCAGAACGUCAAAAUGUAUAUCUUUCAGUCGCACAACCAAGUGGAUUGAUCAUUCUUAAACACUCCGGAACUGUACAUUCAUUGGUCAGAACAUACAUUCGAGACAAUCUUAAUUUAAAAUGUGAAAUUCCAGCACUUGAAAUCUUGAAUGAUGGGUUUCUUAAAGGUGGAAGCAUUGAUGAUCAUGGGGAUGCGGACAUAUUAGAUAUGGUUCGUGAUAGUGCGUCUAAGAACGUUGGC